CGGUAAUGGGCGAGUAAAUGUCUGAGUCCUUCUACCUCGGCAGGGAUAAAAAGAGCCAAGCCCCACCUCGCGCGUUGGGAGACGGCCGAGCGAACACGGCCUCCUGGGCCUGCCUGGAGGCAGCUGGCAAUCGGCGGAAUGACGACCGACAAAAAACAUAUCAUGAACACGUGCAGAAACCCUACAGCGACUGACAUCGCUUGGCACCUUUCAAACGACAAGGGUCGCAGCUGCUUGUCGGCGUCGCAAUGCCUGUGUGCAGAUACACAAAUAAUGUUGAAAGAGAGACGAAUCCGAAUUCGCAAUGCAAUAAAAGUACACAUGCUCAUCCCAUGAACGCGGACGGCACCAAGGGCCAGGUGACCGACAACCUGCUGACAGGCCAAGAGAACGGGCUGCAGGCCUUGCACCGCCGCAAGUGCAACAUUAUCGCAGGCGAGGGAAAGGACGCGAGAUUCUUGCAACACGUGGGCGGCAUCAAGCGGCAAGUGACCCAGGACCGCGUCGUGGGGACAGCCUUGAUGAACAAACUGGAAAGCCAGAGGAUCGCAGACGGCACACAGUGGCAGGAGACCUAAAGCUGCGUCGUGCCGCCAAGCUUGGAGAGCAGACUCGAGGACCUGAAGAACCAAUCUACGAGCCACGCGAGAGCGAUGACUAAGUGGUGGAGCGUUGCACGCGUGUUCGGUGCACAUCGGCACAAGCCGGGCGUCGCACGCGGGUCCAUCUUCGGUACCGCACGCCCUGGAUGGGGCCUUCGAGGAGCCGUUGCUGCGUCUAUCGUGC